GUUGUUUUGGUGCGGUGCCUCACUCGAAGAAAGCAACUCGCUCGAUUCGCAAGCAAGCCGUGAGAAGGUACUUUACUUUGGUAGUCCGAGGCUGCCGUACAUCCAGCCGAAGACAUGGAGUUCAACUUUUGCAUCAACGAUGUCCUUCCUCACCGACUGAACUGUAUAGACGGCUCGAUGCUGCCCGAUUCUUUCGAGUCUGAUGAUCGCCAAAUGAUCGCGGAGUGCCAGCAAAAGGUGGCCAUCAUCCUGGACAAAAUCGGAGUGUCCUCGGGCAUUGCGCAGGGUCUCCAGACGCCCGUCACCAGUUCCGACCGCCUCAGGAACUCCGACCACAAGGUUUACCUGCUCACCAAUCCUGAUGGAGAUGGUGGAGACGGCACCGUGGUCGGCCUUUUAAAGAUCGGCCACAAGAAACUGUACGUUUUCGACGCAGCUGGCAAGCACCAUGAACUUACUCCGAUCUGCGUUCUCGACUUUUACGUGCACGAAAGCAUGCAGCGCGCCGGCUGUGGAAGAAUGCUCUACGAGCACAUGCUGCAGGCAGAGAACAUCAACCCCGAGUACUUGGCGCUUGACAGGCCGUCGGAGAAGCUGCUCGGCUUUCUGAAGAAACACUACGACCUGGUGCAUAUCAUUCCCCAAAACAACAACUUUGUAGUCUACGACAGGUUUUUCAGCACAAAUCCCGACUUACUGCCAGGGUACAAAAAUUCUGCAAAGAUUGACUCCAGUCGAGCAGCUGGCAAAUCUUCUUUUUCCAUCACGCCAGCAAGUGGAAGGGCUCUGGUCAGUCGCCCCGUUGGAGCCAUGGAUAAGAUGAUGGAUUCUAACACUAACAGUAACUGUUACUCAAACGGGCAAAGUGACAGUCCUCGUCACGCUGCCACCCCACGCAGCAGUUGUGCAGCUUCCGUCGUAACGGAGGAUACUCCCGAAGCGCCGGUGCAGAGCGAUCUUAAAUACCAACACCAACGUCUGUGGUAAACGCGAUCCUUGAUGAUUGAUAACCCUCCUGUUUUUCCUUUUUAAUUGGUUUACAUUUUUUGAUACACGAUCUGCGACUUGGCUCGCAACAACAAACACAGUGUGAUUAUAAAUUAUUUGAUUUUUCCAGCAGGGGAAAUCGCUUCUUUUAAAGAGCUCAAAUUACAUCGAUCAAUAUAAUUUAACGCCUUUGCAUUUAAAGCUUGACUAAUAUUUGCUAUAAAUCCUAUAAAAAUCUAGUUUGUAACUGAAUUAUUUGGUACACUCAAUAGGCAGCUUAAUAAAUUAUUAAUACGUAGCUGUAAGGUUAUUCCAUUGUUGGAGCUCUAACACAUGUUGAUUUUUCUUAUUUUGGGUUUCAAAUAAUUUAUAAAAUUCCAAGUUUACUUGAUACUUGCCCCGAUUUUUAUCGUUACAGCGAAAUAAUCUCAGUAAAAUACUAUCCACACUAUCACUAUAUGCAAAACAAGUUGUGCUUUGAUCUGUGUUAUGAAGGCUGUUUUGGCAGUUGGGUCACGAGUGAUGAUCACGAAAGGGCUGAGAGCUACUGAUUUCUUUAAUGCCAAUAGAUUAGCAUAGGAAUUAAAUGAGCGAAACACGGAAUUAAUGCCACCAGCUUUUGGAACUCUCCCUGCAAUCACAAAAAUUGUGAAACCCUAGAUGUUGUAAACUUUCUGUGACGCUGCAUGUUUAAUAAAUCGCAAAAGUAAUAAAUGAAA